UCAUUUAUCAUUUAUUACGAAGUUCUAAACAGUCAUUUUUUACUAGUACGAAAGGUCGAAAUUGAUUCAUUUUAAUUAAAUACUUGUUCAGUUUGAUUAGAAAACGAUGGGAAAUAGAUCUUCAUUAUUACUGCGCGAAGAAGAAAUCGCACAGAUUCAACAAGAAACUGGCUUUACACCAAAUCAAAUUGAAAGGCUUUACUCUCGCUUUACAUCCUUGGAUCGUGGUGAUUGCGGUACUUUGAGCCGAGAUGACUUCUUACGUAUUCCCGAAUUGGCAAUUAACCCAUUAGGUGAAAGAAUUGUUAACUCUUUUUUCCAAGGUGACAUGUAUAACGAUCGCGUGAACUUCAGACAGUUUAUGAACGUAUUAGCACACUUUAGACCUGUCAAGAAAAAUAAAGAUAAUAGGUUAAACUCACGCGAAGCAAAGUUAAAGUUUGCCUUUAAAAUGUACGAUCUUGAUAAUGACGAUUUAAUAUCUCGUGAUGAACUCUUGGCCAUUUUACACAUGAUGGUGGGCGCAAAUAUUAGUGAGGAACAAUUAACAAGCAUAGCAGAACGGACUAUUUUGGAAGCGGAUGAGGACGGCGAUCAAAUGAUUUCUUUUGAAGAAUUUUGCAAGGCCUUGCAAAGGACAGAUGUAGAACAAAAAAUGAGCAUUAGAUUUUUAAAUUAAAUUAUUCCAAGCAUGUGUCUAAUAUUAGGUGUACUAAACAGAUGUAUUUUAAACUUAAGUAAACAUAGUUGUUAUUUAGUUGAUUAGUGCGUACUUAUUCUGUAUUGUUUAAUAAAUUUUGUUUUAUUAAAAUA